AUGGAUAGACAAAGGAGGUCGGAAGAGCAGAGUGAAGAGGUCACAGCACUGUCGGCCUUAUGGCCACCAAGUUCACAAUCACUAUCGAAAUCUAAAUCGGGAUUCACAUUGAAACAACACCGUUUACAUAAGACACAGUCUGAGCCUGAUAUUACGAAGCCUACGAAGCAACUGCGCCCAUCGACGAGUGGAUCCAAGGACAGAAGCUAUCUGGAUCAGCAGAAAGUGGUCCAACCGAAGCAACUCAUGCGAAGCAAGGCACCUCAAGAUGUAGACAUGAAUGACUUCAUUGUAAAAGCGGCUGCAUCGCAGGUUGUUGUCGACCCAGCUCUAGUGAAGAAAAAAGGCAAUAUCGAUGACGAAAUAGCAGAUCCAGUCAAGACGAAAGCUCGUCUGAAACAAGUGGAAGAUGAAAUGAAAUCGGUGAAUGCAACCAUUGAAGAUGACAAAAAAGAUGUUAAAAAAGAUGCCCAACCAGGGAUCAAAUGGGGAGAUGCAAAAUGUGUCGUUUAUGAGACAAGAGAUCAAGUAACCCUAGAAGACGAUAUCGAUGACGCUGCAGAUGUGUAUUGA